GAUUAUACAAUGACAAAGUUUUCUUUUUCAUCCUCAAUAUUAAUGCUUAACACUCCAGUCCAGUUGGUGGCGGUAAUACAUCAAAGAUUGACUUCCCAAACGCCAUUAAACUGCAUUAGAAGAAGAAAACGCGUGGUUUGUAAACAACUGAACCCGUGCAACGAUCCGAUUCUCUUUGGUUUCAUUUCCGGUUGGACUUAAAACACAUACAGCUUAAAAGAGACUUGCUCUCGGGUUUAUUUUGUUAAAGAAUUGUGGCAGAAAUGUCGUCCUGCUCCUUCCAGACACAGUUAAUGUCCAUCAUGGAGCUUCUGGCCAAAGCGGCGAUAUCAGAAAUCCACCGGCACGUGGACGACAACUGCGCGUUCAUGAGAGUGGAGCUGAGUCGCAGCCGAAAGGACAUCGAUGCUCUGAAGAGGAAAUGCGUCAUGAUGGAGAGUGAACUGAGGAGGGUCAAAGGACGCGCCAAGAGGAGAGUGUGGAUCAGUGGGACAUUAGAUCGAUAUCCUACACCCCUCAGGACCGGCUGUGUCAGAGAUGAUGAUGAUGAUGUCAUCAGAGAUGAAGAUCCAGAACCCAUUCUCAAUAUCCAUCAGGAGGUUGUUUCAGCUCAGAAAGAUGAAAUCAGAAGUCCAUCCAUCAAAAAUGAAAAAGAGCAAGGAGGAGAUGCAGGAAAUGCUCAAUUCGAUCUCGAGCGGCUGAAUCUUCAGCACAUCCAACCACAGGAGAACAUAGAGAGUCAGAAAGCUCUUUCUGAAGAUCCAGAGGUCCAAAACACAAGUUUUAUACACACACAGACUUACGCAGAACUUGCUGAACAAGUAGAAAUUGAUGAGGAGCUUCGACGCGAUCUGGAUCUGCAAGUCAAAGUGGAAAAAGAUAUUAAAGAAGAGGGGAACUUAAAAACAGAGGGAUCUGAAUCCAGCAUGGGUCCAGGAGAUCACCUGAGGUAUGAACUUGUUCAGAGAGAUGCCCAGCUGUGGCCAUCCGUCCCUGAACCCAGCCGGGACAUCCAGAGGUUUUCCACACCAAACACAUCCAUCUUCUCACAGCCCGACAACACAAAACCACACAGAAAGAAUUUCUAUCGUGUUGAGAGAACACAGAAUGCAGAGAUACACAACAUGCUGCAUGAAUCCAACACCUCCAGGAGCUUGUCUCCAGCUUAUGGUGGUGCCGUGCGCAGACUUCGAUCUCGCAGGCGCUGGAGUGUGGAUGGAGUAAAGCAGUUUAGCUGUUCGUUUUGUGAAAAGAGCUUUAAGCGAUUCAGUCUGUUGAAGGAACAUCUGCGCAGUCACACAGGUGAGAAACCGUUCACAUGCACCCAAUGCGGACGCAGCUUCACCAAAAACUGUAAUUUAACGCGACACGCGGUUGUGCACAGCGGCGAGAAACCGUUUCAAUGCGUUCAGUGUGGGAAAUGUUUUUCACAGCGGUCUCACCUGAAUUCACAUCAGAGGAUUCACUCAAGCGAUGAGGACAACAUCAGGUAACAUCAGAUUGUGUCACAAAACAUACAGAUCCUUCCACUAAUGAAAUUAAAUUUUUUUAUGAAUUAUUUGUGAAUAUUACAAUGAUUGUUGCUGUGUACUUUUUACACUUUCAAAUUGUAUUUUUGCAUUUUUUACAGAUCUUGUUGACUGUUGAUGUCGGUUUAUGUGUGUAAUUCAUUCAUUUAUGUUUUGCUUUCAUGAAUAAAUCAAUUUCACUUCU